CAUCGAAUUUGAUAGACAUUUUCUUCAGCUAGGGAAGAUUCAGGAUAAUCUUUAAAGAAAGAGCACCAUCUAUCGUUGAAACAAAGAAGACUGGAUAGGGUAGGUCAUACUAAGCUACUUCAAUGUCAUGUUACAUGAAUUCAGAACCAUUCCUUAAGAUGUCAAAUUCCUUGAUGCCAAGAAAAUAACAUUAGGAUAGGGAUGCAGCUGAUUCAAGAUUUUCUGCAUAUAAACAUAAUUGAAUGGGAAGAAUGCAGGAGGGAAUGUCUGUUACCAAAAGAUAGACAUUGGAAUUUCCUUGAGAUAUUUUUAGAAUGGUAGAGAGAACUAAAGAUAUGGUGGAUUUGAUGUUCAAUGAAGGAAAUAAAGUGGAAUAAAAUAUACUAUCUAGUUAGUUAUUUGAUAACCUUUAACUCAGUAGAUUGAAAAUUGAGAGGAGU